AUGACAAGUAGUGUAAAUGUGGCGCGUAGCGUCGUGAAAAGUGAAGUGAGUUUUUUUUUGUUUUAAAAUGAAGAAGUUUGUUAUUUUAUUCGAAAAAUAGGUAUUUUUGAAAGUAUUCUGUUGAAAAAAUGAUCAUUUUUCUUCAAAAAGUGAUUUUUUGGGAAAGUAUUUAGUGGCCACUAUAGAGGCUACGCCAAUGACUACUUGGAGAGGAUACUAAAGUGGCCACUAUUUUCGGUUUUAGUGGUCACUUCAGUAGUUUUCAUCCAGUAACUCUGAUAGAUUUAAAACAACCGGAUUGGACCAGUUAUGUUGAUCCUUUGACCUCUAAAGUGGCCACUAUUUUCGGUUUUAGUGGUCACUUCAGUAGUUUUUCAUCCAUUAUUCCUUCCAGUAACUCUGAUAAUUUUAUAACAAACAGAUUGGACCAGUUAUGUUGAUCCAUUGACCCCUAAAGAGGCCACUCAAAUUUUCAGUGGUCCAGUAGUAGCACUUAGACCUCUAUAGUGGCCACUAGUUUUAAUCCCUUAAAUGGCUACUAAUUUGACUACCAUAGUUGCCCCUAAAACGUCAAAAUCCUAUAGUGGCCACUAAAAGUUUUCCCAUUUGUCCAUUUUUUAAGCUAGAAAUUCGGAAGCCUUUAGUUUUUAAAGCAAUAAGUUGCAGAAAAAUAAAUUUUCAAACGUCUUUUUUUCUCAUUUUCUGUACUGUUUGGUUAUAGAAAAAAUUUUGCAGGUAGAAAGCCCUGAAAAAAAAGUUUUUAAACCUCUCGAGAAAAAUAAAACUACUGAACAAGAUGAAUAUGUCGACAGGAUACGAACCAAGUACUUGGAGAAUAUGAAACAGGUUUGAAAUCUUGAAAUCGCUAGAAAAUUAUCAUGUUUUCAGAGAAAAAUGCGCCGAAAAAAGCAAAAAGACGUCGAACUGAGCACCGACCCUGAAAUGAUAACUUCGCGUCUUUCCAAGUAUGGCAUGUUCGAUUUUCGAAUGUCAAGCUCCGCCCCCUAACCAGUUAGAGAGCCACAGAGUGUUUUUAGAAUGACGUCAUUGCACUUGGCAUUCAAAAACCUGAAAAAAAUAAGCAACACAAGUUCAUCAACUAUUAAAUAUAAAUAAUAAAUUUUUUUAGUGGACUUGAUUUUUUCAUCGCUUCAUAGUCCCAAAAAACCGGCUACUAAGAAAUUUAAUCCAUCCGUUUUCACCUGUUAAUCAAUCACGUAAAAACUGAAAUGCUUCUUGUCAUCCAUGAAAUGAAAAAAAUUGUUGGCAACUCGCCAAGUUGUAAAUUAAUGGUUCAUAUUUGCGUCGCGGUGUAUUGCGGCCAACACAGCUGACCGGGCAAGAUUUUUUAUUCAUGGUAACGCCGUGCGUCAUUGCACUUGACCUUCAAAACCUGAACAGAAUUUAAUAUUUCAAGUGAUAAUUCGUGUAAAAAUGAAUCAUUUUGUAGAUCCACCUGCGAUAUCGACGUCAAAACGUUGAGCUGUAGGUUUCCAUUGUGUGGCCGAACUUUUUCGACCGUUGAGGUUUGUUUGACGUCUUUUUUUGGGAUUUGAUUUAUUAUUAUUUUUCAUAUUUUUAAAAUGUUCAGUUUCAUUCAAAAAACGCUUAUUUUUUCAGUUUCUCGCAUUAAAAUUCUUCUUCGAGCUCAUUAAAAUCAUCGACUAGCAUGACCCCAAUAGGGACCACUUUUUCAAGCUUUAGGAGACCCUAUAGGGGUUGGUAGAGUGGUCUUUGGAGGGGACUCUCCAAGGGCCCCUAUAGGGAAAACUCUGGAGUUCCUAAGUGUCUGCGCUCUCCAUCAACCAGGCACUGUCUCUUUUCUAAUCGUGUCAGGGCCUUUUUUCGGAGCCAGGCGUGAAGCAGUUAUAAAAAAUGCUAUUUUAAAACUACUGUAGCUCAAAAACGAGUCACAGCAGAAAAAAAAAAAAACUUUUUCUUUAGAUAACUGCAAAAAAUACAGUGGAAAACAAAGGUAUUUAGGAGAAGUUUUGUCAAAUUAGGUAUACGGUAUUUUUUUUAGAGAAAAAAAGGAUGAAAACCUAUAAAUUUGAUGGAUUUCGGCGUUGAUUUUUGUUAAGAUUACGCGUUUUAUCAAAAAAACGCUAUCGUUAAAUUUUUUUGAAUAAAUCUAUAUAUAUUUUUUUUGAGUAAAUCUAGGUUUGAAAAAGAAAUAAUGUAAAAAAAGAUGUAAAAAUGGCAUUUUAACGUGUUUUUUUGUACUUUUUUUCGAAGUUCUUUGAUUAUGAUUAUCCUUAAUAUUUAGAUUUUCUAGAGUUUGGAUCCUUAUAAACUUCUUUCAGGUCCUCUCUUUCCACGCCUCUUACGCUCAUCAAGAAUUUUCCAGUACUGAUUUGUCAAAUGUCACUUGUAUGGUGUGCGGAAGGGUCUGGAAUAGUGUCAAGGUAUAGUAAAAAAAUAUAUUGACCAAUAAAAUAUUUUGGUUGAAAUUUUGCGCAAUAAUCUAGAGAUUUUGAUAGUUUUUUUCAAUUUGAAAGUAAGUAGUUAGAAAAAAAUUUUAAAAAUUUCCCGAAACGUCUCAAAAUUACAGCUUCUUGCAAUUUCUAUCAGUUGAAAAAUAGUGAUCAAUCAAUAAAAAUAGGAAAAAAGAGUUAUUUUCCAGUCAAAAGUGGUUCACAUGUCCGCGAAGCACAAAAUCGUGGCAGCGGAGCACAAUCUCCAGUGCAUUGAGCAAUUAGGGCCCGUUAUUGCUCCAAAUGCUCCGAUGGCUCGUCGGUUGGCUCAGGCGGCUUUCCAGGAGGAGCAGUUCGUUUUUGAGAGCUUUUUGAGAAAAUAAAUCGGAUUUUUAAAAUUAAAAAGGUUUUGAAAAAAAAAAAUAAUUGAUCAAAAUUGACUUAGGCGGCUCUCCGGGAGCAACAGAUCGUAUUUUUAAGGUUUUUUUGAAAGAAAAAUCGAAUUUCUGAAAUUAAAAAUAUCUUCAAAAAGAAAAAAAUAAUCGAUUUAAAAAUGACUUAGAUGCUCUCCAGUUCGCUUCGAAGCUUUUUUUAGACAAAAAAACUACAAUUUUUUUAAAAAUUUGAAUAUCUUCAAAAAGAAAAAAAUGACUUCAAGCUGCCCUUCGGGAUAAGCAGUUUGUUUUUGAGGAAUUUUUUUGAAAAAUAAAAAAAUUGAAUUUUUUUAAGAUUAAAAAAAUCUCUUAAAAAAAUCAAAAAGUAGAUUCCAAGUGACUUAGGCAGCUUUCCAGACGGAAUAGCCUGUUUUGAAGCUUUUUUUGAAGGAAAAAAUUAAGUUUUUGUAAUUGAAAAUAUCUCAAAGAGCAAAAAAAUUCGCUUCAAAGGGCUCAGAAGGCUCUUCAGAAGAAAAGCUCCUUUUUUAGGCCUUCUCGGCAAAAAUUGAGUAGAAACUUCUUUUUUUACGCUUUCUAUGCAAAAAUAAGUAGAAAAAGAUUAAUAUUCUUUCAUUCUUUGAACCCUGAAACGAGAGAAUUUUUUUUUAUCUGACCACAAAUCGAACUUUUUUUGAAUUAAAUGCUAAUUUUUCGAAAUUUCUCCAAAUCCAAGUCCAAUACGAAAUUUGAAAGGACCCUGAAAAUAUUGUGCCAAAAUAGUAGCUCCUCUUGAGAAUCUCGAAAAUUUCCCCUAAUCUUUGUUCGAAAUGUGCGGAAAACCGUGCUUUGUACGUUUCAUUCUUUCGAUUUCAAGAAAAAAGCCUCACGGAAGGCAGUAAAUAUUGUGGCAUGUACGUAGGAUCAAUAAUGUUAUUAAUUUGAGUGAUCAAGCUCUCAAGUUUCCAGUGAUAGGUAAUCUCUCAAAUUUGUUCUGUAAUUUUUGAAUUUCGGCUUUGAAAUCGUCUAGAAAUUUCGUCCAUGGAACCUCUAUCGUUUUUUCAAUAAUGAACUUUGAAAAUUUAAAAUUUUUUGAUUAAACAAGAAGGUCUGAAAAUUGAAUUUUUGCUUUUUACUCAACCUUUUCGGCGCCUUUUUCUCACUUACUUCUUAGGGAUUUUAAAUUUUACCUCUAAAGUCAAUUUUGGAAGGUAGGAAGGAGUUUUGAGUCUGCAAAUGUUCGUGAGCGUGAAAUAUGCAUACACCAUUAUUGGAGGCUCGAAUCUUGGAGAAUUUGAAUUUUUUUUUCGAUUUUUUAUCUUUCUUUCCUUUUUGAUUUUAUUGUGAGAAUGCCGUGUUUCGACAAAAAAGGAACAAUGUAUGAUUUUUUUAAACUUAUUUUUAAUUAAAUAAUGCGUCUAUAGUCAAUGUUUCCCGGCUUGAAAGGCGAGGGAGGCGGGGCAGCGGGCGGGACGCGUAGCGUGUGCGUACGCGGUUCUUGGCGCCAAUUCAAUUCAAUCGCCGCUGACUAUUUAAAAAGCUCGGCAACCGCUCUUUUUCUGUGUUUUCUACUAAUUUUUGAUGCAAAAAUUAACAUAAUCAAUAAUUAAUUGAAAAAGGAAUGAAAAAAGCGAAAAAUGAGCUCUCUGAAUGCUCGCUGGCGGUUGAAUUGAACUCGUGCCGAGAACCGCGUCCCGCCCCUUGCCCCGCCUCCCUCGCCUUUCAAGUCGGGAAACAUUGACUAUACUUCUGAUGUCAGUUUUGAACAUUCUGAUAGCCCCUCUUUGAUGGAAAAUGUCAAAAUUGUGAAUAUUUCAGAGCCGCCUCCCAACAAGAAGUCUUCGAACCGAUCUAUCCAUUAUUCGAAGUAACUCCAGUUUUCCUCGACCCAUCGGACCCAAUUUUCAUGCCAGUUUCCGCUGAAAUUCCUGAAGAUUCUAGUCUCUCCUUCCCCAGUGUCGAAAUCUCCUGUAAAAUUGAACUUUAAAAAAAAAAAUGUCGCCGAGAAAAGUGUUAUAUUUAUGAUUGCGGGUUCUCAAGCUUAAUAAAUAUUGAUGGGCUUUAUUGAUUUUUCGUUUUUUUCAAGUUGAAAAAGGUUAUAUCACUUUGAUAUUUCUGUUCCUUUGGUAUACACAGCUACUCGGAGAAGUCUGGUUUCUCUGCGCCCUCUUAUCUCUCGCCGGACUUAUCUCUCGCGGGAGUCCUAUUCUCAUGAUUCUUUAGUCCGUUUUUCGGGACUUGAAAGAGUGGGACUUCUCUGCGCCCUCUCAGGUUUACGUGCUUUCCAUGUUUCUCUGACCUCGCCGGCGAGGGAACAGAGAGACAAGGCUAUAUGACCCCACCGAUGUGGGAAAAGAAACGCAGAUAAGUCAGACUGUUCCAAGUCGUGGUCGCAUGUGGAAUGGCUCUAACCGCAGCGCGACCGCGACGCGUCGACCCAUUCCAAAUGCGACCAGUAGUUGAGAUGAACGUGGUACGGCGCGGCGGGACGACGCGGGCUCUUUACAGAACCUUUGGCACCAACGAAAAGGCCUACGCGGAGAAGAGGGUCAUCGGGUAGGUGAAAUGAAAGGUAUCCGAAAUUUUCCCGAUGAGAGAAAAAAAAAAUUGUUGCUUCGAAACGUUAAAAGGUGCUUUCUACCUAGUUUUCAGGUAUUCAAGAGAACAAAUGUUCGAUGUCGUCGCCAACGUCAACGAGUACCAUCAUUUUGUUCCUUGGUGUCGAAAAUCUCUAGUCACUCAUGAGACGUCCAAUUCUCAGGUGAUAAAAAAAUAAGCUUUCUGAAAGUUUUAGUUUAAGUAUAUACGAUUCAUCGGGAGCAAGAAAAAGAGUUGAAUAUAUAUUGCUCUAAUGCAGUAAGAUGUCAAAGCGCUCAAGUCGUUUUUGGUCGGGCGCAGUCAACCGCUUCGCAGCCGCUACGCGCCAAGCCAUUCCAGAUGCGAGAUUGACUUUUAUAAGCUAUAAACUGAAUGAUUUUCUGAGGAGCAGUUGUUUCAAAACGCGUCCGACUAAAAACGACUUGCGCGCAAUGACAUUGAACAACAUUUGAACCGAUAGUGGGUCUUUAUGUAAGACCACGGCUUUAUAAAUAUAAGAAAAACGAGAUUUUAAGCAUUUCUGUUACAAAUUAAGCAAAAUUUUUCAAUUUCGAGUCAAUUUACUACAAAGAAAACGCCUUGAAAUACCUCAAUUUUCGAUUUUCAGUUAGUCCUGCUCGAAAUCGGGUUUCCGCCGUUAGUUGAAAGGUACACGAGUAAGGUUAUGUUUAUCCGGCCGGCUGUUGUUCAUGUGAGUUAUAUCGUCAAAAAUCCUGUUAUUAAAGGCGCAGGAGCCCUGGAAAUGGCUUUUCGCCUUGAGACCAUUGAUUCCAUAUUUCCAUGUCCCUUCAAAUCAAAAUGUUUUAUUUCUCACACACAAGUACUAAAUUUCACGAAAUAGGUGUAGGGAGAGUUUGGGAACAUAUGUGUCGGAACUUGUGGUGAUGGAGGGAAGAGGACCCGCGGUCGUGUUAACCCCCCACUUGAGUAAAUUGGAAUAACCAUGAAGUUAUUCUUUUAAAUGUCGAUUAUGUAGCUUUCAUAUUUUUGUUGGAUCAAGAGUGUUUAGUUCUGUAAUGUUGUUUUCAAACCAUUUCUCAAGUUUAGAUCUGAACUUAUUUUUUUCAUACUCAAAUACUAUGUUUCUAUCCAUGUGAUUCAAAUGAUUGUAAACUCUUUGAUUGAUGAACCGGUAGUGUAUGUCAGAAAGUAGAGGCCGCUCUAUUUUGAGGCCAUUUCCUCGCAGUUGAUUCGAUCUACUUGUUGUAUUUUGUAAAGGGAUUGGAGAUGGGCACCAAUAGUAUCCGUAAAUGAAAUUGUGAGCAGCAGUUAUGUCUUUUUUUAAACGUCUUUGCCAAAGGGUGUUUAGUCCAAGUCGUUGAAGUCUUUCUUUGUAAUUCAUUUUAGGUACGAUGCACUACGAUUUAGUUUUCGAAAAGGAUUUUUGAAAAAUACUCACAAUUUUUUCAGUCUGUCGUCCUGGAAGGCGAGAGCUUAUUCAAAACCUUGGACACUACUUUUAGAUUCGCCAAGGUUUUUUUUAAAAUUUUUUUUAAAAUUCGAACAAUAAAAACAAUUUCAGGGCCUUCCAGACAAUCCCAACACGUGUACGAUGCACUACGAUUUAGUUUUCGAAUUCAAAUCGUCUUUACAUUCCCGUGUUGCUCAUAUGUUCUUUGAUAAAGGUAAAAUACACUCAAAAAAAAAAUCUAAAAAGUGUCGAUUUCAGUUGUCAAAACGAUGGUGGCGGCGUUUCUCGACCGCGCCCACGAAGAAUACGGAAGUCCUUCAGUACCUCACACUGCCCCGCAAAUCCUGAAAUACAAAGCUUGA